GUGGGAGGGGCGGCGGACAGAUGGCUGAUGGUAAAUGGGACAUUUUCUUCUCCCAACACCACCUCCUCCGCUUUGUAACUGACGUAGUUAGUUCCUUGUGUGAACCUCCGAGGCUUUCCCUAGAGAGACGAGUGCAGAUCUGAGCGUCAUCCCAGGCCAGGGGUCCUGUUCUCCAUCACCCCCAUCCUACGCUGAUGCUGACGGGUCGUUAAUUGCUGUUUACUAUUAGGUUUCGCGUCGACCCUUGGCUUGUAGAGAGAAAGGGCCGAGCAGAGGCCGCGAAUUGAUGCCUUCUUAGGCGAAAGAAAUCCAGAGGGCAUCCGGGACGCUUUGCAGCCACUGAUGUAUAGGUUUUACUCUGACCAUGUUUACCUCAUCAGAGCCCGACAGAUAAAAAUUACCUGAGGCGUGGAUGUGGGGGUCCCACGCCCCUCUAGCUUCCCCUCCCCGGCUAGAAGAAAGAAGUUUUGCUUAAGGCAGGCCCAUUUCAAAGGUGUUAGUGAACCUUUCGGGUUUCUGCGUUCUGUUCUCCACGUACAGAGGUUUCCCCAAACCUGUCCCCCCAGAAGGGAACACUUGCGGACAUUUGACUAUGGACUCCCUUCAGGAGCAAAGAAACAUUUCCCCUAAACAUUUCCUUUGGGAAAGGUAUUUCCAUGUGGCCUUUGACCCAUCCCCAAUCGCGGUUAAGAGGGCGCUCAGGCAGGCGAAGUCACUCCUGCCCCAUUUCAGCGCCAGGGGAAAGUCAUCCUGGAGGAGGGACUAGGCAAGGCGGCCCUCCUGGAGGAGGCUUCCUUGGUAGCGCCAAGGCCUGCAGCGCUGGGGAGGGAAGGGGCUCCGGUGGGGGAGGAGGCGGGACGGAGGGGGGUUGUGCUGGCUUUGCGCGGGCGAUCUGCUCUCCCAGCCGAAGCUCCAAGCUCGUGGGUACCUUCUGCCCCUUGGCCUCCUCUCUGCGCCUUUCCUGGCCUUCAAGGCCCCGGGUUGACGCGACCCCCUGGGCCGCAGGGCUUGUGCCACAAAGCCAUCCCGGGACACCACCGGCCUCCUCCUUCUGCGAGCUCUCUGCUCCACGCCCCUCUCUCCCUCCCUGCGCGGCACUUCUCAGGGCCAGCAGGGGUGGGUGCAUGUCUUGGCACCGCAGGCUGGCACUGGCACACGGGCAGGCACGCGAGCGGGCGGCCCACCCGCCUCCGCGCACAGCCCCACGCAGGCCCGGCUCGCGCGGCCCAGCCGGCUCCGCCCCGGCUGCCGCCCUGCGCGCUCCUCUCCCCGGAGCGGCUCACAAAGACGGCCUCCCUGGCCCCGAGCCCGCAGGCUUCCGUAGCUCCGGCCCUUCCCCACCCCCACAAAGUCCUGGGGCGCCUUCCGCCGGCGGCGAGACCCUCAGUCCUCCCGGCAAGUACCGGCGCCCCCGGACUCGGACUCGAGCGCAGGUCCCUGUGAACGCCCAGGGAGAGGGGGUGCCAGGCGAGUUUGGUCGCUAUUUAAAGGACCGCCAGCCAGCGGCUCCAAGCGCCUCUUUCGGGCUCUUCCCCUCGGAAGGGAAGGAGCGAGGAGCAGGCCAAACGCCGCCCGCCGAGGCCGCGAGCUGCUCACGGCACCCGCGGCUCAGCCAAGCCGUUGUUUUAAACGAGCAAUAAAAAUGAAUUAUGACUAAACGCCUUCUAACUUAAUGCUUUCGGACGGGGAUCCCCGGCAAAUACGACUGUUUGCUGGACCCAUCCACAGCUGGGAGACUAAUCAGCCAUACUGAAAAUGUUCGACAUGGGUGGGGGAGGGGGGAAUGUAGCUGUUUGAAACAAACGUGUAUAAAUAAAUGAAUUGUUGACCUGGAGAUUGGUAGCUUGUUCAAGAAAGUCCAUGUCCCUGGAGUUGGGGGUUUCUGUAGGCACUUUAUUGCUCUACUUUCUAAAGCUUGGGCUGGGCCCAACUCUGAGGCUUCCUCAUCCUGUUUCUCUGACCAAGUUACAUCUAUGGCUUGAACCUCUACAAUGAAAAAACAAAUCCAUUCCCCUGAAAGAAAGAAAGGAAGAAAGAAAGAAAGAAAGAAAGAAAGAAAGAAAGAAAGAAAGAAAGAAAGACUUCUCAGAUGCCCUAACCAUUUUCUGGAUUUCUUUUCUGAUGCCGUCUAUUGAAAAUUUUGAACAUGCCCCCUUAAUAAAUAUAUUAAAAUUGAAAAAGAA